AUGACGACGAUACCGAUACUCAACAUUGAGCUCAGCGAGCUCAAGGAGCUCGUGUGGAUGAAGUUGCAGGAGCCGAAGGCUCAACGGAAGCUCGUUCUGAUUAUCGUCUCGAUAGCGCUGCUGCUCGAUAACAUGCUGUACAUGGUGAUCGUGCCGAUCAUACCAGACUACCUGAAAUACGUCGGCGCGUUCGGCGACGUGGAGGAAGAGGUGAACGCGACGGGGCCGCCUUCCCAUCACGGCCAGGAUUCAGCCACCGGUGUGCUGUUCGCGUCGAAGGCUAUCGUUCAGCUGAUGGUGAACCCAUUUUCCGGGGCGUUGAUCGACAGGAUCGGUUACGACAUACCAAUGAUGAUAGGACUCUGCAUAAUGUUCCUCUCGACGGCUGUUUUCGCCUGCGGCCGAAGCUAUGGCGUUUUGUUCUUCGCCAGGAGCCUGCAGGGUGUGGGUUCCGCGUUCGCGGACACCAGCGGCCUGGCAAUGAUCGCCGAUCGUUACACGGAGGAGUCAGAGCGCUCGAAGGCCCUCGGCAUCGCAUUGGCGUUCAUCAGUUUCGGCUGUCUGGUGGCUCCGCCGUUCGGCGGUGCUCUCUAUCAAUUCGCGGGCAAGGAGGUGCCCUUUCUGAUACUCGCUUUCAUCAGCCUCGCCGACGGGGUGAUGCUUCUGCUGGUGAUGAAACCGCUGAGGGAGCAAGUGAUAGACAGCAAACAAUACGAGCAGAAACAGACGAUACCGAUCUGGCGACUGCUGAUGGACCCUUACAUCGCUGUAUGCGCGGGCGCUCUGAUGAUGUCGAACGUCGCGCUGGCCUUCCUCGAGCCGACCAUCUCGCUGUGGAUGGAGGACAACAUAACGCGCGACAACUGGAAAAUGGGAAUGAUCUGGCUGCCGGCGUUCUUCCCUCACGUGUUCGGCGUCGUGAUAACCGUCCGGAUGGCCUCCCGAUAUCCUCAACAACAGUGGCUGAUAGCAGCCUCUGGCCUGGCGUUGGAAGGCUUAUGCUGCUUCAUAAUACCAUUCUGCACGUCCUACGAGGUCCUUAUGAUCCCGCUGUGCGGCAUUUGUUUCGGCAUAGCUCUGAUCGACACGGCUCUGCUGCCGACCCUGGGUUACCUGGUGGACGUGAGAUACAUCUCCGUGUACGGCAGCAUCUACGCCAUCGCCGACAUCUCGUACAGCGUGGCGUACGCGGUGGGACCUAUCAUAGCCGGCGGUGUCGUGGAGGCGAUCGGUUUCACGGCCUUGAACGUCGGCAUAGCCUUCUCCAAUCUCCUGUACGCCCCGGUGUUGAUAUACCUGAGGCACAUCUACGACUUCAAACCGUUCCAGGACGAGGCGGACGUUCUCAUGCAGAAUCCACCGGACAAGGAGUAUCAGACGUACGUGUUGCAGGAGCAGAGGCCGCUGACUGGCGAGGUGGGCAACCACCUGAAUCAAACGCGCAUGGAGACGAACGUGGAUCAAGGUUACGAUCAGAAUUACCAGGCUGGACAGACUUACGAUCAGGGCGGUUACGGCCAGAAUAUCAAUGCCGGCGGGUACAUGCAGGCCUCGGCAACCGGUUACGAGAAACCGCCGAUGUACGAGCAACCGGCCAAUUACGGGCAACAGCCUGUCGGUUACGCUCAGCAGAGACCUUACGGGUCUCAAGAGCCUCAGGCAGGAAGUCAGGUGGACGUCAAUCCAUUCAGGAGAGCACCUCCGAACGUGGAACAGAAGCCUGCCGGCGAUAGCAAUCCAUUCAGACAAGGAAUGUAUUAA